UCUUCUGCGGUUCCUUUUUAGUAGUGAUUGCUAAAAUGAUCAAAUGGGACUAGGAUAGAGCAAAAAUGAUUUAGCAAAAAUGAUUUUGGUUUUAGAUUUACCAAGUUUAAUUAUGCAGAAACAUUUGUUUUAGAUUUAUCGAGUUGAAUGAUGCAGAAAACAUCUGAUAUGCUUUCUCUUGCACUGGGGCAGAAGCCUCCCAUGGUAUCAUCUUUUGCCUAGGGUUUCUGGGUUGUACACCGCUUGAUCAAGUGUUUGAAAGAAUGAUAAUAAUCGUCUGGAUAUGCAAUAUAGGUGGAGGUGCCACGAAUUAUGGGUGAAACUUGGACCUCCGACAUUAUAUUUCAGUUCGACAUCAUUAUGGAUGCUUUAAUGCGCUGAUUGUGGUGCUGGACCCAUCUGAUUUGCAAGGCAAGAAUGUAAUAUACCGCCAAUCAUCCGUGUUGUGGGCGUUUCUUUGGAAGAUUAACAUAGAUUUUCUAUAGGGUCGAUUGGAUGUUGGGUCCCCUGACAUCCUAUCUGAUUGCAAGGUAAGGAUGCAACAGCGUAAGGUGCUUUCCAUGGAGUUUGCUCCACGGCAGUGUUUCUCCUCAUUGGAUUAAACAAGUAAGAUAUAAGGUUUAUAAAGUUGGGACCGAAUUUUGGUACCGCCAUCAAACUUCUUAGGUGGAAUCCACACCCUCUUGUUUUCCCUCGUCCUCAACUUUACAAUGGCGGGGGAAUCAGAGUUUAUCCUCACUGAAAUGUGCAUCUGUUUUCCCUUUCCCUGGCAUCAAUGACAGGUGGUCCACACCCCUCAUGAAAGGGUUCUUGAAUUCCUAUCAAGUGACCUUGACAAGCCUGCCUUUUUCUUUUUUACAUGCACUAGAACAGAUGGACAGAAUAUCUACCACGAUGCAUAGUGAUCAUUAUCAUUGUAAUAUAAAACGGUGGUCCGGGUUAAUCAGGACUUUAUUCUGGACAUCAGUGCCAAUAAUAAUAAUAUAUAUAAAAAUAAAUCGGUGGUCCGAUUUCUUGGUGUUCCAUAGACCAGCAUGAUCUAUCAUACUGAAGCACGAUUUACCAUAGGACCCUUUAGCUCACUAUAAUGGUGUUAGUAGUCACCUGUGUCCAACAAUGGAGAUUGGUCAUGCUUUUCUUUGCAUGCACCAUGAGAAGUGAGGCUUCAUGAAUCCCAUUGAAGUGGGAAAGAGACUCACUGAGUCACUCUAGCGGAAGAAGCAGAAGAAAAGUAGGGAACAAGCUUCUGCAUUAUUGUUGUUAAAGCAGGUUUACCUACCACUUUAUUAUACCUUUGAUGCAGUACUGCAAAAGAGUAAAGCUGCCUGCCUCUCACAUGCCCUUCUUUUGUUUUUAGAACUGCGCAGUUUUCGGCUUUUACAGACUCCACAUUAACAUCAAAAACUUUGUGUAGACAUGUUUCUAAUGCAAGUAUUUAUGUGUUCAAUGCAUUGAAAAUUUUGUUGGCCAGUAUAUUGGAGGGUCGCACAAGCCACCAAGCAUCACAGCUACAGCCGAGGACUCCAAACGAUCGUUGAAUCCUAGACUUUGGCUGAUUAGAAAGAGCAUUAGGGUAUAGCAUAAAUCUGAGAAUAAUAAUUAAAUGAAGAGAAACGAAUGGCUUGGUACUUGAACAGGACAAGCACAAGCAUGUGGAACUUGUAAUUAAACCUUCACUUUUUACCACGCAUGUCUAUCAUUACCGCAACCAAUAAGUGAAAAUAACCCAUUUCUCUCUCUCUCGCUCUCUCUCUCCAAAAAUAAUCUUUGUUUAGUUACUAUCAUUACUUUUCUGGUGUAAGUUUCUUUCUUACAGAGACCAGAUAAGAUCAUCAUUAUCUGUAUUACUCUGAUGCCAUUUAAGUUCAAAGAUCAGGGAUCUCACCUUGUAAUAAUAUAUGGUUUCUGUUUUUCAAAUGUAAUUGAAGUAUUCUCUUUCAAUAAAGAGUCCAAAAAUAUGUUUCAACAGAUUUUUAAUUCUGCCUUGCCAUCUCUUCUGAAACGAAUCCGAUUUUGACCUUGUAAUUGUGUUUUUCUCCAAAUUUUCCUUAUAGGGCCGGUUUCUUUUUCUGUGGUUGCUUUGUGCUAGUAAUGAUGACUGUUUCCUUUGUCAAAUCAUCUAGUUGAUAAUAUUAAUUCCCACUACAUAUCUUGGCAUCAACCUUGCUUAGAACUCUUUAUUUUCGCAUACUGUGCUUCUGUUAUCCUUCAUUUCCUUUGCCAGAGUCCUAAUUGGUUUUUGUUGCAGGUAGUUCAACUGCUUUCACUAAUACUAAAAGGGUCCUCUUCUGUUAUCUCUUUGUAUAAGCUUUAAUGGAGUUCUUUAUUUCUCAACGUGGCUCUCUUGGAUUUCUUGAGUUUUAACUCAUUCAUUUUCGUUGUUAUUCGCUACAUUUUCCCGGUCCAGUUACUUUGCAUAGAACUCAGGAGGAUCUUCUCAUAUUGCUCUCUGAGUAAUUUCAUCUUUUCCUUCUACCUAGUUAUGCUCUGCUCAAUUGACUCUGUUGGCAACCUCUAAACUUGCAUUACGCUUAGUGAAUACCAUACCGUCCUGUUGAAUUGAUUUGCACUCUUUCUCAAAAGGGUUUUGAUUAAACUCACAUAUAAGUUGUUGACCUUUAUUAUCACAUUCCACCACUCUAUAUUUUCUCAAUGCCUCCAACAUACUUUCCUCUUCGGUGGGAGAGCACCGGUGACCAAUGGUGGUAUGCUUCUCCCAUUGAUUGGGCAGCUGCUAAUGGCCACUAUGACUUGGUCAGGGAGCUUCUUCGCAUUGAUAGCAAUCACCUUAUCAAACUUGCCUCUUUACGACGUAUUCGGAGGAUUGAAACUGUCUGGGAUGAUGAACAACAGUUUGAUGAUGUUGCCAAGUGUCGUUCUCAGGUUGCAAGAAAGCUUUUUGUCGAGUGUGAAUCCAAGAGAGGGAAAAACUCACUCAUCCGAGCUGGCUAUGGUGGAUGGUUGAUGUACACUGCUGCCUCAGCAGGAGAUUUGGGUUUUGUUCAAGAACUUCUUGAAAGGAAUCCUCUACUUGUUUUUGGUGAAGGAGAAUAUGGUGUUACUGAUAUAUUAUAUGCAGCAGCCAGGAGUAAGAUUUCUCAGGUUUUCAGGCUUCUUUUCGAUUUUGCAGUCUCCCCAAGGUUCUUGACAGGAAAAGGUGGAGAACUGAUGGAGCACAUUGGGGAGAUCCCUUCUGAUUACAAGUGGGAGAUGACGAACAGAGCUGUUCAUGCUGCUGCUAGAGGAGGAAAUCUGAAGAUUUUGAGGGAUCUUCUUGCUGAUUGCUCUGGUAUUUUGGCUUACAGAGAUAUUCAGGGCUCAUCUAUCCUACAUGCAGCGGCUGGCAAAGGGCAGGUUGAGGUAGUUAAGUAUCUGAUAUCAACCUUUGAUAUUUUCAACUCCACUGACAAUCAGGGCAAUACAGCAUUGCAUGUGGCUGCUUACAAGGGCCAAUUAGCCUCAGUUGAAGCUCUAAUUUCAGCAUCUCCUUCAUCCAUCUCUCUGAAAAACAGCUCUGGAGAAACUUUUCUCCACAAGGCUGUGUCCGGUUUCCAGACACCUGCUUUUCGAAGACUGGACCGACAAAUUGAGCUUAUGAAGAAUUUGGUAUGUGGGAAGCUUUUCACCAUAGAGGAUGUCAUCAAUGUCCAAAAUAAUGACGGAAGGACUGCUCUUCACUUGGCCAUCAUUGGGAACGUUCACUCAGACCUUGUGAAACUUCUGAUGACUGCUAGAUCAAUCAAUGUGAAUGUCUGUGAUGCAGAUGGGCUGACCCCACUUGAUUACCUCAGGCAACGGCCACGUUCUGCUUCAUCAGAUAUACUCAUUAGACAGCUAAUUUCAGCUGGGGCAACAUUUUGUAGUCAGGAUUAUACUGCAAGAAGAGCCAUUGCUUCCCGCAUAAAGAUGCAAGGAAUUGGUGGCAGUCCUGGAACUUCGUUCCGAAUCUCUGAUACAGAAAUAUUCUUGUAUACAGGCAUUGAGAAUGCAUUAGAUGAAACUGCUGAUGAGGAUAAUGCAGUAAUGAGUAUAUCACCAAUGGAACCAAGUCCAGAUGACUCGUUCAAUCAGAAAAAUAGGUCACCAAUUAACAAGAGACCAAGUUCUGCGAAUACCACAGCACAGCGAUUGAAAUCUGUGUUUCUGUGGCCCCGGGUGAAAGAGAAGAAACCCGACAGAUUCAAGAAACCGGAUGAUGAGAGUUUAGUGGAACAACAGAAGAAAUACAACAGUUUAGAUGGUAGUCUAACUCCACUCCGUCUGAGAUUCUCGAGGCCUUCAUCACCUCCUAACAACAAACGGACACUUUCUGUGAGGAGUAAUCAUUCGAGUCCAACUGCCAAGAAAAGAAUUGCUCCAGGGCCACUGCAAAGUGUCAUGCAGGCCAUGCCACAUAUUUCUGUGCCACGCCGGUCUCGUUCCAGUUCAUUUUCAAAAUCAUCACUUUCUUCACCUAUUUCAUUAGAUAAACAGAAAGGAGUUUUUAUUGAAGAAGAUGUGGCAGGACCAUCAUGCUCAAAUGAACUAUGUAAUGAUGGAGCACCAGGUUUGAUUAAACCAGAUCCAAUUAAUAAGAGAUCUAGGAGCCAGUAUUUCUGUUUCUAUACAUCAGGCCAAUCUGUGAAAGCCCCAGUAAGCAGGCAGCAGCAAGGACAGAGUUACAAGUGCCCCGUUGUUUCAGUUGCUUGAUUAAUGAUAGAGGCCUCAGAGGCAGAAAGGAAUCAACUGCCUGAAACCACGCCAACAGAAAAUGCACUAACCAAGAACCAAGACUCAGAUCAGUCCUCUGGCCGGUUCCUGAAGUUUAGACCUUUAUAGCAUGUUUCCUAAAUUUGUUUCUUUGUAAACGUUUGCUAGUUGAAUAUUUGUAAGUUAUGUACUUGUUCUUCAAUACCGGCUGCUUCAUUAUGUUUCAAUCAGUAUUGAGAGCUGAUUAUGCGGGAUAAGAAAUAUAGAAUACUUUUGUAUUA